CUACGAUAGAUUAUACAGCUUUAAAACUGGAUCUAGCAUUCCGUCAUUCAUUUUUGUCCCAAAAGUGCAAAAUAGUCAUGUAAUGGUUGAACUGGGAUGAUUCGGAUAUGAUGGCAAGUGGUAGGACGAAAUAGCUGAAGACUAUGACGCCUGAAGAUUUUAAGAAUGGUUUUGAAUAAUUUAAAGGGAAACAAGACAAAUAAAUAUUAUACUGAAGGAAUUAAAACAGUAUACAUUGGAAGUUUGCAAAAUGAACCUUUUUGCACUUCACUUUGAGUAUUUAUUAAACAGAAUAGUAGGUAUAAAAUCGUUUAACAUACGAUUAGUGCCCAGAAAUAUCACCAAUUUGAAUGACUUUUGUCUUCUUCACUAAUUGAAAUAAUCGAUAAAUGGGAUUGCGUUAAUGAAUAAUAUACUAUAGGUACUUUGAUAAUGAGUAAAUGAAUUUCGGAAAAAAAUAUUUACAGUCAUCACCUACUUAGUUAUGUUAUGACAACUUACCUAUAAGAUUCAGUAUUUCGAUACUGCAACCAUUUAUUGGGAAGUUCAACAUUUUCUAUGAGAAUAAAUGUCUAUAGCUUACUGGUGGGAAAAAAAAUUUGUAGUACAUACACACAUACGUGAUACAUAGACAGCGCACAAUUUUUCAUCAAAACAAUUUAGAUAUAACAUUUAUGUGUAAUUAAAAUCUCUGCUCAUUAUUGGAAAUUUCUACGCAGUUUAGACUCUAAGAUACAUUAUACAGAUUGUCCAAGGAUAUUUAUUCACAUGAUGGUGGUUGGUAAGCCCUUUUUUUUAGAAACUACUACAUUAUGUGUCAUGUAGGUACAAAUGAUUUACUUCCUCGUAAAAGCAAAUAGAAUUUUCCUAUUGGGUUUAACACGUGACCUUGAAGCCAGUUUUCUAUUGGUCUACUCUCAGGUUUUUCCAUCCAUUAAAAUAAGUGUAAUUUUUAUUUGGUUAAUACUCAAUACAAAAUACUUAAAAAUUCAUUUGUUUGAAUCUGAUGUCAAGAUUAUUAUUCCCUUAUUACGAAUCAGUGAAUUAUACAAACUCUUUUUCGAAAUAUAAACAAUAUGGUCAUCAAAUAAUUUAGUCAAAUUUGACAAUUUUCGCAUUUUCCUUUUAUAAUUUGUAAUAUGAAAUGAUCUUUGUUGAAAAAGUAACUUAUAAUAACUAUAGCAGUAUAAAUGAUGGUUAUAUAAUGAACCCAAUUCUUAUUAUUAAUGAUCAAAAAUUGUCGAAUUAUGUAAUGGCUAAUAAGUUAGAAAGUACAAAUUGGACAUUAUGGUUAGGUAUAACAGUUGUUUUACUUACAAUGAUAGUUACAUGGAUGUUACAUAUUUCUAUUAUGAUAUCUGUUUGUAGAAAUAUGAUUAUGAAACACAUCACAUAUUAUUAUAUCAUUUCAAUCGGAUUUGUUGUGAUGUUACACUCAUUGUUAAAUUUUCCAGUGAACAUCAUAAGUGACUUGAUAGGUGAAAAUGAAUAUAUUCAACAUUUCUGUUGUAUAUCAAUUGCUUCCGAGACAAUCGUUUGCCAUGCAAUUUUAUUACACCUUUUAGGAUCAAGUUUAGAUACCCAUUUUCGACUAACUAAACCAAAAUGGUUUUCUAAUACGACAGAUGUAUCAAGUAGAAAAUAUUUACUGGCUAUACGCUUGAAAAUAGCUGCACCAUGGAUAGUGAGUAUAUUACAGACCGGUGCACAAAUUUUACUAAGUGAUUCAUUCCCACCUGCUUAUUUGGAAGAAGGCAGAUUGUGUACAUCGCCUGAUAUUAAUUUUUUAAUAUUACGUACAUUAGUUGCAUUUCUGCUACCUUUAUUAACUAGUAUAAUAAUUCUAUUUAUGACUGCGCAUCGAAUACAAACGUUACAAUGUCAACAAAAACAGAAUAAAACAAACAUGAAUUCUUUUAAUAUUCAACAGAAGAAACUUAAUGAUACAAUUAGCUCUCAAGUGAAAAAGCAAUCAACUUGCUGUCUUAUUACUUCUUGUAUAAAUAAAUACUGUCAAUCACGUAAACAUAAAGUGGAAUUAAUCCCCUUAUCUUAUUCCAAUCAUUAUUGUUCUUACGAUCAUAAGAAAAACUGUAAUUCUUUAAGCAGAUUGAAGAAUUUUCAACCUGAAUAUAAAACGUUUCACAGAAUUCAAAAUAAUAAAUUCAUUGAAAAUCGACAUUCAUGGAUAGAAACAAAUCUAAAUGCAGAUGAGGAUAUAUUGAAUUCGAAUCUAAUUAUCGGUGAAGCUAUUGAUAAUCGAACUUGUAUAAGAAAAUAUUCCAAAUCUCUAUCUCAAAAACAUUUACAUUCACCUGUCUUGUUACAUAUGACACCAGUAUCAUCCCUACCAACAACACUAACAACAUCUCAAUAUCAACAUGGAUCAAGUUCUUCUGAUGCUGGAAUUUCAAGUCAAACAACUGAAGAGACGGACGAAAUCAUACAGUAUAGCUGGUUUACGCCAAAAAUAAAUAAUUAUGAUAUUAUUAGCACUCAUUCACCCAAUCCUAUUAACAAUUUUGUCAGUAACAAUGAUGAUAAUGAUUGUCCACAGGAAGUAUUAAACAAUAAUCAUCAAAUUGAAAAAGUAAAUGAUAAUAGGUUCCAAAAAAUCAUCAAACAUUUUUGUCCUCAACAUGGUCAAGUAAUAAUACCAGAGUGUUUUUAUAACCCCUUAUUAUCAGUCAUUGAAGAAAUUGAACCAGGUCAAUACGAUGACCAACGAACACAUGAAUUCACACUACAAAAUAAUGAAGUAAUUCCACAAAGUGGACAGAAAAAAAAUAAUUCAUUGAAUAUAAGGAAUGUUAGAUUGCCACCAUCAACAAAUGUAACUUAUGCAUCAUCGUUCACUAGUCAUAUUAUUUUUAACAAGUUAAGUGAUCUAGAUAAAGAUAACGAUUUAUUAUCUGAAACAUGUAAGCAAAACAAUACUUUAUCACAGUCUCGAUCAAAUGACCAAAAGCAACAACAGCAACAUAAAGAGUCACUGAAUCGGCGGAACAGUAAUUCAUGGUCAAAUGAAACCUGUAAAUGCUUUCCUGAACAGAAAGCAAUAAAGCUUAACAUGAUUUUAUGUGCGAUAACUAUAGCCAUGUGGUCACCAUUUAUUACUGCAUCUCUUAGUCAUUUGCUGUUGAGUAACUCGAAUUAUUUUCAUCUAUUGUCCAUUGGAACUUUGAUACAUUUUAAAUGGUUAGCUUACAUGAGUUCUGUAGUUUAUCCUGUUGGAUUUUUACUGGUUGAUUCACAGUUAUGCAGAGCUACAUUUUCACAAAUAUAUUGUCGUAAAUUCUGA